CUCUCCCUCCUUCUCUGGUUUUAUGCACGAUGGAGAGUUCCGCCGGCGACGAUUUCUCCGCUCGUGUUCAUUUCCCGGCCAAGACUGUUUGUGAGGAGGUCUGGGAUGAUGCUUGCUUCAACGCCAUGUUUUCCGGCGUUAGUCUCCAGUCAUUUCUCGCCGUGAACCACAACCAUCCAUUUCUGCCGUCUCUGUUUGGAGGUUAUGUUGCGGAUGCUAUCUCUCUCCCCGAUUCUACGUCGUUAUAUCCUCCGGCGAGCUCCAACUUCGUCUCUGAGAGCACGGCCUCUUCCGACGCCUUUUUCAAGUUGCCUAAAACCGAGCCGAUGAACAAUGUGUAUGAAACAGAGGAGACUGAAUCCGUCUUCGUUUUCCAUGAUUCGACGUCGUUUCCUCACUUGCCGGAUCUGCGUUCGUUGGAGCAAUCUUCGUCGUCUUCGUUGUCUCCGUUGAUGUCGUCGUCGUUUAACAAGCGUGCUCGAGUUGAUUCUGGAUUGAAUCCGUUGCAAACGUUGGAGCCGAUGGUGCGAGGCUGCGAGAGUUUCCAGAACUUUCUUCUGCCGUACCAGUAUAAACCCUUGCCGGAUUUUACCACUUCCGCCGCCGUGGCUCCCGCCGUUCAAUUUCCUCGUAGCGCUUUGGCUCGACAGCGGCGCCAAAAGCUGAGCGACAGGACGCGUUGCUUGCAGAAGCUACUGCCGUGGGACAAAAAGAUGGAUAUCGCCACGAUGCUUGAAGAAGCCUAUAAAUACGUGAAGUUCCUUCAGGCGCAACUCCUCGCCCUUCAAUCCAUGCCCUGUGAAUCGGCCAUUUCUACCGGUUCGAAUAAUUACAACUCGGUGUCCAACAGCGGUGCGUUUGGUGGAUUAGAGAGGCUGAACAGAAACCAACUUUUGCAAGUACUGGUUAACUCUCCGGUGGCUCAGACGAUGCUUUGUUCGCAGAGUUUUUGUGUUUUCUCGGCGGAGCAGUUGGGGCUUAUCCAGAAGAUCGCGGAGAAAAGGGCUCUGCUACAGCAGAUGUCGACGUUUCUCCCGAAACCCUAGUUUCCGAUCAAGCUCCGCCGCUGGUGGUUCAGUACGGUACUACAACUUUAUCUCUUUCAUGUGUUUACUUUUUAGGUCAUCACAAAGUGUGAUAAGAAUAUGCAGUCCCCCUCUUUUUGCUUUUUGAGGAACGGUUUUUUGUAGUCACGAAUUGGAAUGUUGGGAAAUGCUUUUUAGCUGAAAGUACAAAGAACAGCUACCUUAGUGUUAGUGAUUCAGAAAAUGUGGUACAAAAUGUUAUUUCAGUAAUCAAUGGAGAUCCUUUUCAGGAGACAAUUUUCUGCCUGCGAUUAAUUGCUUUUCCAUUGCGUGUGAUCAUUUACUGUCCUUGUGGCCAGAAUUUGUCGAGAGCAACACCCAUAUUGAGCAGGUCAAUUGUUAUGCUACA